AAGGGCAAAUAUUAUGCCCUAGAUGAGACUGCAGUUUGUGGGUUGGGAUGCAAACAUGGAAUUCCGAUGGAUUUCCUAAAUUUAAAGGGCGGAGAAAGAAGCAAAAUAAUAACGAGCUACUGAGUUGUAUAAAGUUAGCUUGCCCUCAAUUUCACGUGUAUGGACACGGUGCAACUUGUCAGCUAAUGUGCAGCCCAAGAAGACUUGAUGGAUGGGGUUUGGUUGAUGGAGAAGUUCUUGAGAGACUCUGGUCAUAUCUGAGAUUGUUUCGCAAAAUGACUAAAGAGAUGUCUGCCAGUCAUCGAGAGGAUAUUCUUUCAGAUGCUCUAUACUACUACACAAAACGGCAAAGAUCGAAAACAGUAUUAUUAUUGCGUGUGCAGCAUAAAAGAUGUCAAGAGCUCUCUAAUUCAGCGUGCAUCGAACUUGAAGAUUUGCGGAAAAAGUCUCCAGUCCCCGUCACUGACGAAAUGGUCACGGAGUGGAAGCAACGUGAAAAGGAAUAUUUACGAAAGUCCAGACCAGAAGAAGUUGAUUUAGGUCCGCACAAUUGGGUCUUAGAAUAUUUUUCCCUGUUGCGCCAGUAUUACUCUGCAAGAAAUCAAGUGUCAGAGGGUGUCGACGACAGCCGCUAUAACCAUGUUAUGGCUGUAAUGAGCAGCUUAAACAAUCGUUUACUGCGAAUGGAAACAGAACAUGGUAUUCAGAGUAGAUGGACGCCAACUAGCGGACAAUAUUUACAUUAG